AUGGAACAAUUUUUUAAACUUCUAAUUGGUUCACAUAAUUUCUUACAGAACGAGGAAGCUGAACAUGAACGCGCUCGAAAAAUGCUUAAUCCAGCUUUUCACUUUAUUAGACUUCAAUCAAUGAUUUCUAUUAUGAUCGAACAAACAAUUAAGGCUAUUAAUGAAUUACUUUUAUUAUCAUCUCAACAUCAAGUUGUUGAUUUACAAUCAAAACUUAAUGCUUUAACAUUGACAGUUACUGCAUCAAGUGCAUUUGGUAAAGGCUUUGAAACCAUAGCUAAUGUCAAACAAAUUGUGUAUCUAGCAUGUAUAGAAGUACUUGAAGUUAUAGAAUAUCAAACAAUACUCAUGAUCAAUCAUAUACCAUUAAUCGCACAAUUAUCCUAUUGGUGA